UUUUACACCUGCGAGUAUUCGACGACAAACCGACGACCAGCCACGCCGACAAGAUGGGUGCCCUCAAGUACGUCGAAGAGAUCCAGAAGAAGAAGCAGUCCGAUGUGAUUCGCUUCCUGCUGCGUGUCCGUUGCUGGGAGCUCCGUCAGCUGAACGCUAUCCACCGCGCUUCGCGUCCUUCGCGCCCCGACAAGGCUCGUCGUCUCGGUUACAAGGCCAAGCAGGGCUAUGUCGUCUACCGUAUCCGUGUCCGUCGCGGUGGCCGCAAGAAGCCCGUUUCCAAGGGUGCCACUUACGGCAAGCCCACCAACCAGGGUGUCAACCAGCUCAAGUACCAGCGUGCUCUGAGCGCCACCGCUGAGGAGCGUGUCGGCCGUCGCUGCGCCAACUUGCGUGUCCUGAACUCCUACUGGAUCAACCAGGACUCGACCUACAAGUACUUCGAGGUCAUCCUCGUCGACCCCCAGCACAAGGCCAUCCGCCGGGAUGCCCGCAUCAACUGGAUCUGCAACGCGGUCCACAAGCACCGCGAGGCCCGUGGUCUCACCUCCAGCGGCAAGAAGUCGCGUGGUAUCAACAAGGGCCACCGCUACAACAACACCCGUGCUGGUCGUCGCCACACCUGGAAGCGCCAGAACACCCAGUCCUACUGGAGAUACCGUUAAGUGUAGAUGGGUGGUGUUGGGGGAAAAGGAUGAUCUCUUGGCGGAUGUUUCUAUAUCCAUCACGACUCGCUUCUUCUCUCUGCCGGGGGGCGAGCUUAAUGCAACAGAUCCCUUCGGAUUGGAUGCUAGCAAAAAACUUCCUCUUCUAAUUUUUCUUCAAUCGAGGAGCGGACCAGCUUUCUCGGGGUUCCUAACGAAGUAUGACGACUUUAUU